GGCGCUUGCAAAGCCGCGGCCCCCGGCGCGGCGCGCCCGGCGCGGGGCAUGCUGGGACGGGGGCUCCAAAAUGGACAACCACAGGGAUGCGCCAGGGAAGGCGAGCCGGUGGUUCGGCGUGCCCCAGUCCAAGUCAGCCAAAAGCAGCGUGAACAUCCUGCAGCAGGAGGAGCUGAUCGCCCAGAAAAAACGGGAAAUCGAGGCCCGGCUGGAGCAGCAGGCGCGGCAGAACUCCCUCAGCAUCCCGCAGCUCCCGCUGCUCGGAGACGACGAUGGCUCCGAGAGCGAGGCCUCCGUGUCCAACAAGUUUGUGAACGAUGGGAGCUUCCUGCAGCAAUUCCUGAAGCUCCAGAGGGAAAAAUCCAAUGCUGAAAGCGCCCCAAACGCCCCCAGCACGCCCGGGAGCGCCCCGCAGCCCGUGAAGAAGCCGGCGCUGCUGGGCAAGCGGCCGGGGCAGGCCCUGAGCCGCAUGCUGCAGGCCCGCAGCCUCUCCCAGCCCAAGGCCAGCCCCGUGCUCAGCCGCCUCAGCGUCUUCCAGGGCCCCGACGAGGACGACGAGGAGGAUUACGAGCAGUGGCUGGAGAUCAAAGUUUUGCCCCCAGAGGACUCGGAGACGCGGCAGGUGGUGGAAAAGCUGGCCAGGUUCGUGGCUGAGGGCGGCCCCGAGCUCGAGAAGGUCGCCAUGGAGGACUACAAGGACAAUCCUGCUUUUUCGUUUUUGCAUGAUAAGAACAGCAGAGAAUUCCUGUACUACAGGAAGAAAGUGGCAGAAAUAAGGAAAGAAAAUCAAAAUUCCCAGGCAGCCUCUUCCCAAAAAGUUUCCCCCCCAGCCGACCAGGAGACGCGGAACUCGGCGGAGAAGCUGGCGCAGUUCGUGGCUGCAGGGGGGCCCGAGGUGGAGGCCAUUGCCCUGCAGAACAACAGGGAGAACCCUGCCUUCAGGUUCCUGUACGAGCCCCACAGCAAAGGGCACCGCUACUACCGCCAGAAGCUGGAGGAGUUCCGCAGGGCCCGGGCUGCCCCCGGGGGCUCCCCUUUUCCCGGGAAUUCCCCUUUUCCAGGGGGCUCCCCUUUUCCAGGGGGCUCCCCUUUUCCCGGAGAAUCCGGCCUCAAAAGGAAGAGCAGUCCCGAGGCUUCUCCCUCCCCUCUGUGCUUCCCCCCUCUCCCCGUUCCCUCCCCUCUUCCUCUCCCCAUUCCCAUCCCGCCGCCUCUGGCUCUCCCCGUUCCCUCUCCCAUCGUUCCCGCUGCUCUUCCCAUUCCUUCGGCCUCUCCUGCCCCAUCCUCAUCCUCCACCUCCCCUCCGGAUCAGCCGGCCCCAAAUCCAGCCGUGACCCCAAAUCCAGCCGUGACCCCAGAUCCAGCCGUGACUCCAAAUCCCGCUGCAGUCCCAAAUCCAGCCACGACCCCAAAUGCAUCCGUGACCCCGAAUCCCGCUCCGGGCAGCACCAAAAAGAAGAGGAAGAGCCGGUGGGGGCCAGAGGAGGAGAAGGUGGAAUUGCCCCUCCCGCAGCUGGUGCAGCAGCUGGAUUCUCCCUCUCCCCUCUCAGUUCAGGACCUGAAGGGUCUGGGAUACGAGAAGGGCAAACCCGUGGGGCUGGUGGGAGUCACGGAGCUCUCGGAGGCCCAGAAGAAGCAGCUGAAGGAGCAGCAGGAGAUGCAGCAGAUGUACGACAUGAUCAUGAAGCACAAGCAGGCGAUGCAGGAGAUGCAGCUGCUGUGGGAGCGGGCGCUGCAGCAGCACCAGCACGGCUACGACAGCGACGAGGAGGUGGACAGCGAGCUGGGCACCUGGGAGCACCGCCUGCGCCGCAUGGAGAUGGACAAGACCCGGGAGUGGGCGGAGCAGCUGACCCAGAUGGGCCGAGGGAAACAUUUCAUCGGGGAUUUCCUCCCCCCGGACGAGCUGGAAAAGUUCAUGGAGACCUUCAAGGCACUCAAGGAGGGCCGGGAGCCGGAUUACUCCGAGUACAAGGAAUUCAAGCUGACGGUGGAAAACAUCGGAUACCAAAUGCUGAUGAAAAUGGGAUGGAAGGAAGGAGAGGGAUUGGGAUCCGAUGGGCAGGGAAUUAAAAACCCUGUCAGCAAAGGCACCACGACCAUGGACGGGGCGGGAUUCGGGAUCGAGCGCCCGGCGGAGCUGACCAAGGAGGACGACGAGUACGAGGCCUUCCGCAAGCGCAUGAUGCUGGCCUACCGCUUCCGGCCCAACCCGCUGAACAACCCACGGCGACCUUACUACUGAGGAGGGCUUUGCCCAUCAAAUUUCCUGGGAAUUCUUAUCCCAAGCUUCAUUAUCCAUCUCUUUUCUCCCGAUUUUUCUGGCUUUUUUUGGAAUCACAGCUCCUCCUUCCCCCAUGGAAAAGCUUUCCCAGCUUUUUCUGGGGACACGGGGAGGGUUUGGAGCAGCCCCAAAAAUCCCCCGGGGACUCCAAUUCCAAGGAGUUUGGGAUUUUUGGGAAUGGCAGAUCUUGUGCUGCUCCAGGAGGGCGGGAUUUUAUUCCUUGAUUUUAUUCCUUGAUUUUAUCUUGGAAUCCCAAAUCCAAGAGAUUUUGGGGAAUUUGGGGAACCAGUGCCUCCAGUUUUGCCUCUGGAUGGGUGGAUCUGGCCUGGAUCCGUUGGGAAUUCCAGGAUUUGAUGGAUCCAGGGGGGAUUUAUUCCCUUCCCAGGGAUUUUGCCAACACCUCCUGUGCUUUGGGAUGAUGAAGACCCAAAAUUCCAAAGCCACACUUCAGAAAAAUCCAACAAAAUUCCAUCACCACGUUUUGGAAAAAUCCAGUUGGAUUAAAAAAAAAAAACUCUGGAAAUACAAAUUUUAUUCAUGGAGUCUGUAAAUAAAAUCAAACUUGUUUGUUC